GUCGUCACAGUAUGAUCACAUUUUUUUUCUCUUUACUUCUCUUUUUACACAAAUAGCCCGGACAUCUGUGUUACCAGUCUUGUUGUGGCCACCUCAAAGAUUAUAACCCAGUCCUGCCUGAAGGACUGAGGCAAGGUGCGUGAGAAAGGGCAAGGAAAUUACAGGAUGGGCAUGAGUAGCUUGAAAUUGCUGAAGUAUGUCCUAUUUUUCUUCAACUUGCUCUUUUGGUUCUGUGGCUGUUGCAUUUUGGGCUUUGGGAUCUACUUCCUGAUCCACAACAACUUUGGAGUGCUCUUCCAUAAGCUCCCCUUCCUCACACUGGGGAAUGUCCUCGUCAUUGUGGGCUCCAUUAUCAUGGUGGUAGCCUUUUUGGGCUGCAUGGGCUCUAUCAAGGAGAAUAAGUGUCUGCUUAUGUCGUUUUUUGUCCUACUGCUGAUUAUUCUCCUUGCUGAGGUGACCUUGGCCAUCCUGCUCUUUGUGUAUGAACAGAAGCUGAAUAGUUAUGUGGCUGAGGGUCUGACGGAGAGUAUCCAUCGUUACUACGUGGACAACAGCACGAAGGCGGCAUGGGAUUCAAUCCAGUCGUUUCUGCAUUGUUGUGGUGUAAAUCACACAAGUGACUGGAACAGGGAUCCACCAGCAUCUUGCCCCUCAGAGCCAGGAAUUAAGGGUUGUUAUAUGAAAACACAGGAGUGGUUUCAUUCCAAUUUCCUGUACAUUGGAAUCAUUAUCAUCUGUAUAUGCAUGAUCCAGGUUCUGGGCAUGGCCUUUUCACUGACCCUAAACUGCCAGAUUGAUAAAACCAGCCAAGCCAUAGGGCUGUGACCUGUAAUUGCUCUGUAUUGGAAACUUCUUCUCUGGAAAUUUAAAACCACUCAUAGCAUGGAGCCCCUGAUGAUCAGCUGUGGGACUGACAUCUUUCAUCUUACUCUUCUUUCUUCCUUAUUUGGGUCCUAGUCUUAUACAACCAGAGAAGAAGAUGUUAGCCUGUCACUGCCUUACUCAGAUAGCAAGAUCAUCAUUUACCUGGUGAUGACAGCUGCCAUGUCUCUCAAAGUGGUAAACCAUACCCAUAUUAUUAUUAUUAUGAGAUACAAGAAUCAAAGAAAACUUGUGGCACUAAUGGCUACAAUUCAGAGGUAGGUUGAGGAUUUAAAUAUUUGCAUUUCCUGUUGUUAAAUCAGUCACCAACCUCUAACUCAUGCUCCACCUACUCUACAAAGUAGCUCAAGAGAUACAUUAAAGAUAGUUCAAGAGCCAGACUGACUGUCUCACAAUAACACUCCAUAUCUUUGACCAGGGGCCUUGCAUAUAAGAAAUACAGGGUAUUCUCUCUUCAAAGGACAAGGUUUCAUUUCAGAACGCCUUAUUGAUUCUAAGUCUUUCAAAAAAACUAUCCAAUGAUUUAAAUCUUAUCCUGAAGAUAUAGCCAGUCAUUUAGCCUUUGAAUUAUAUAACCAUUGAAGAGCUCAGUAGCACCAGUUAUCUCUCAUAGUCACAUUCAGAAAGGUUCACGUGUUAUUUCUUUAUGAUAAAAGAUUUGUUAAUGUAUUAUUUUAACUGUUGAAGAAAUAAAAUGGCUUAUAAUA